AUGGGAGCCUGUGCCGCAGGCAACAGCAGCCUGAUGCAGGAGCACUGGGAUCUGAGCGAGGAGCGUUGUUCGGUGCUGUGCAUCCAGGCCGGGUCAGAAUGCCUCGCCUACGAAUACUCCCGCCUGGGUGGCCGGGGCCAGUACAGUAAAUGCGAGCUUCACAGCGAAGCCAUCCAAAGGACCGUCCCGUUACCGGGCGCAGUCGUCUGCCGAAUGAAGCCGGAAGCGUCGACGACAAGUUCUUGGGUGCCGGCACACCCGUCAGUAUUGUCAGUGCCGCCAGCACCGCCAUGGCUGCAACCACCAACUUCGCCGCCGGCCGUGAGGCUCAUCCUUGACACCGACAUGGGGUGUGGCGCUUGCCGCGACGUCGACGACGUCGUUGCCUUGUGCGCCCUCCAUGCGCUGGCGGACAACGGCGAGGUGGAGCUGCUCGCAGUUGUGCAGGACAGCGCGCCGCCCGCAGGAGCAGGCGUCAUCUCUGUGGUGAACCACUUCUACGGCCGCGACCACAUACCGAUUGGCGCGUACAAGGGGUCUGGGCUGACGCUGGCGGGAGAGCCUCCGCUCACGUUUGUCGACAGUGUCCUGAAAGCCUUCCCUUCGCCGAUCCGGAACGCCUCACAGGUGCCGGACGCCGUCGACGUGUACCGGCGCGUGCUCGCCGCCUCGCCGCCGCGUUCAGUCACAAUCGCGUCUGUCGGCUACGCUUUGGUGGCCGAAAAGGUGGCUCUCCUCUCAAUCAUGGCGGGAGACUACCCGACGAGCGGGCCUCGCUUCGCCGAGUGCAAUGCGUGCGGCUGUUUCAACGGCGCGGACGCCGUCUCCAGGGCGACCGCCGCAGCCGCGUCCUCUUUCGUCGCAGCAAACGUGCCGCCGUCCGUCCGUACCAUCUACCUCGGGUUCCGCGACGGGGACGUGGUGCGGACUGGCGCGGUGAUGGAGCUGUGCGCAGCGCCGGCCAACCCGCACGCCCUGAUGGACUUUCGCGACCGGGCGGGCUGGGGGUGGGGCCCGGGAGGCCGCUCCAGCUACGACCCGCUAGCCGCCCUCCUAGCGGUGCGCGGAGUCAGCCGCGAGGGCGUGGGCUUGAGCGAGUGCACGCAGUGCGACGGCGUCAACUCGAUCGACCCAAAGAGCGGCAAGAAUGAGUGGGUGGUGCAGCUGCGUUGGCGUCGUGAUAGCCUGAUGUUGGUGUAUGACGCAAAGAAAGUGCACGGCAACCACAGAUUCGUGCACUCGCCGACGGUGCUCAACAAUGGCGACGGCGUGGAUCAUAUCUUCACGUGUCACAACCAUAUACCUUGGACGUUCAGCGACUGGGUCUACUACAUCAACCGGCGGGAGGACCAAGAGGCCUUGACGACGGUGGCUAUGUAUCCGGGUGUUCGCUACCCGGGCCAGUUUGGCGUGUGGUGGGGUGACCUCGGUGACUGGCCGUGGCAGCACAACUAUUACUGGAAUGCGUGCGAGCCCGCCGUCCUCGCACGGACGAUAACGUAUAGACGGCAGACGUUCAACAAUAUCAUGUUCCACACGUCGAUGCCUGUUGAGAGGUUCAACUGCAUACGGUACCUUGUCGAUGGGCUGAAUGCGACUGCACCACCGAAUCGCACGUGCCUGGACGAAUCUGAGGCCAACGAAAUACAUGUUGUCUACUUCGAUGGGCUGCGCAACACAGAGACAUUAACGCCUCUACAGCACAAGUUCCUCAGAUUCUCCCCGACGGUGAAUAAGCCGCAGCCGCGCCCAUUUGAAUACGGUAUCGGGCAGCCCUCCAUCGCCACGUUUGGCACGAACGGGACGUGGUUGUUCCACACCUAUGGUGACAGCGAGGGUGUUUACACCCGGUGGAAUGUUCACUUCAGCCCGCUGCAUUUUGAUGACAACGGCGAGCCUCAUCUGCCACAACUCCGUGAGCUGAGCAAGCAGGGCAUCACAGACCUAUUUGGCCGCCCGGUGAAUUUGCUGUCCAACGUCGACGUCACGUACGAUGCGCACCGCGACAUGGUCUACAUGCUGACCGACUUGUAUCCUUUCCCCUUGAAUUCUCGGGUAAGUGGGGCAGCACAGAUCCUCAGCAUCUCGCGUCGUGGGUUGCUGGAUCAGUCGGAACCUUGGCGCCAAGUUGGAGUCAUCUAUGAGGACGAGGCCUAUCCAGCGCGGCUCGCCGCCGCCUAUGGAGUUGAACUGAGCAUGCCACACAACGCCAUCCACACCGGUUUGAAACGCCACCACAAUCCGUCCUUCGUCAAGGCUGGCGAUGGGAACCUGCUCGACCCUCAUCGGCUGCGGAUCUACUUUACGUCCGCCGAUGACACGCCUGCGUCGGAUUGUGCCGCCAGUCAUGGCGAAACGUGUGCGGAAUGGUCCUAUAAGCUGUGGGUGGUGGAGGCGGCCUUGCACUAA